AUGAAGCAAACCCCAGAUUCGGGGGUUUCUCAAGCCUCCACCACCCUGGCUGCCUUGCUCGGGCAGAGAGGUUCGGCAAAUGUAGGUGCGGAGAGUGGGUCUGGGAGCGUAGGCCCAAACCAAGCCAACCCUUCUCCUCCGCGCUCACCUUCUUUACUCUUUUCUUCUGCUACGCCUCUCCCUUUUCCUUCUCUUCACCUCGCCGCUCCAGCCCUACACUCAAGGCGUUGCAAGAACACCCAGGAGCCCAGAGAAGCUGCCACAAUGAAGUUCAGCCCAAGAGUGAGCUCGUCCCGGCGCAAGUCGCGGAAGGCGCACUUCACGGCGUCGUCCAGCGAGCGCCGCAUCAUCAUGAGCUCCAGCCUUUCGUCGGAGCUGCGCAACAAGUACAACGUGCGGUCGGUUCCGAUCCGCAAGGACGACGAGGUGCAGGUGGUGCGCGGCACGUACAAGGGGCGUGAGGGAAAGGUGGUGCAGGUGUACCGCCGCAAGUGGGUCAUCCACAUCGAGCGCAUCACGCGCGAAAAGGUCAACGGAGCGACGGUGAACGUGGGAGUGCACCCGUCCAAGGUGGUGAUCACGAAGCUGAAGCUGGACAAGGAUCGCAAGGCGCUGCUGGACCGCAAGGCCAAGGGCCGCCUCGCGGACAAGGGCAAGGGCAAGUACACAGAGGAGACCGCGCAGCCCAUGCAAGACGUCGACUAA